GCCUGCGGGCGUGGAGGCCGCCAUGGUGCGGUUCAAGCACCGGUACCUGCUGUGCGAACUGGUGUCCGACGACCCUCGCUGCCGGCUGAGUCUAGAGGACCGAGUGCUGAAUUGCCUCGUGCGGGACACGAUCGCCCGCGUGCAUGGGACUUUCGGUGCAGCUGCCUGCUCGGUCGGAUUCGCGGUGAGAUACCUCAAUGCAUAUACUGGAAUAGUGCUACUACGAUGCCGGAAGGAAUUCUACCAGCUUGUGUGGUCAGCUCUUCCCUUCAUCACAUAUUUGGAAAACAAAGGACACCGUUAUCCUUGUUUUUUCAACACCUUGCACGUGGGAGGUACAAUUAGAACAUGUCAGAAGUUCCUGAUUCAGUACAACAGGAGACAGCUGCUGAUCUUGUUGCAGAACUGCACGGAUGAAGGAGAACGGGAAGCUAUCCAGAAAUCUGUCACAAGAAGCUCUUUGCUAGAGGAGAAGUCAGGGGAAGAAGCUUCAGAAUGCUGCUCUCUGAACACAGCUGCACUGUGCCCAACCUUGGGAUUCAUUUAUCAGAAUAGGAUCUCUGGGAACCAGCAGCAUCUUCUACAACACACCAAACUAGAAGACUGCCCACCAGGGGACAAUUUACCAAUUCGAAUUGGAGGACUUAUUCACUUAAACUGAAGUCACCUUUGCCCUGGCUGACCAGCCUUCACUGGUUAAGUGGUUCUGCAGGUUUUGAACUCCCUAGAGUUGUAGAUAUCUUUGUACAUAAUUGCCUGGCUGAGAGUAGGUUUGGCGUUUGUAGCAUUUAGCAUACUUGAAUUAUGAGGUUCAUGUUUGGCCAAGUCUCUUUCCCCUUCUAUCGUGGGCUUUGGUGGGAAGACAGAUUCCCAAUUUGUAUUAGAUGAAUUUUUAAUAUUUAGUCUUCAACUUGAAGUCUUAUACCCCCAGCCUCCAAAACGGGUCCCUAAGCAAAUCAAGUUAUUUGAGAUAGAAGUAUUAGUGAGACAAAGUAACUAAACUUGGCACAGAUCUACAGCCAGUCUCAAGACAGGCCUACAGGACCUUAAAAAUACCAAAUUCCUUGCCAAUACUUGACCAAGUAACUUGACAAAAAAGGGAGGUUUUGUGCUUCCUUGGGGAAAAACUGGCCUCACCUGAUCUCUUUUCUGCAAAGCCAAGCAGCAGUUGCCAACUUUUGUUAAGUUUUCUGCAGUUCCCUUAAACUUCACCUGAAGAUAGGUGAGAUUACCAUCCUCAAUGUACAAGAAUUGGGAGGGGCAAGAGACUUCUGAUUGGGUUUGUUCUGUUACUUACUAAUGACAUUUCUAGGAUGUCUUCUCCAUAAUAAAAUGGAUAUCACUCAAA